AUGUAUGGUGACAUCGCUCACCAUUGGAACUUGGUGCGCACGCUUUUGGACAACCCUACAACAGAUAGACCAGAGAGAAGAACAGCCUUGGUUGCCAGAGAGCUUGCAAGAUACAACAUUGAUAUUGCAGCCCUCAGUAAGACUCGUCUUGCUAAUGAAGGUCAGCUAACUGAAACUGGAGGUGGAUAUACUUUUUUCUGGAGCAGUCGUGGCACCGAUGGGCGUCGUGAUGCUGGAGUUGGAUUCGCCGUCAGGAAUCACCUUGUUCAGCAAUUUGCCAGUCUUCCCAAGGGGGUGAAUGAUCAGCUUAUGAUACUACAGCUUCCGCUACAGAAUAGAAACCAAGCCACUCUGAUCAGUGCCUAUGCUCCCACAAUGACUAACCUGAACCAGAUGAAAGACGGGUUCUAUGAAGAACUGGAUUCCUUACUAUCAGCUGUGAGUAGCACCGACAAACUGAUCCUGCUCGGUGACUUCAAUGCAAGAGUAGGAUGCAACUCAAUAGCCUGGCAUGGAGUCGUUGGCAGACAUGGAGUGGGCAAAUGUAACGGCAACGGCCUAAUCCUACUGAAGACCUGUGCAGCACACGACCUCCUUAUCACCAACACAACGUUCCGCCUGCCUACCCGAAACAAGACCUUUUGGAUGCACCCCCGCUCUAAGCAUUGGCAUCUUAUCGACUAUGUCAUUGUCAGGAGAAAAGACAGGCAAGAUGUCAGAGUGACCAAGACCAUGUGUGGUGCUGAUUGUUGGACAGCUCACAGGCUCAUUGUCUCCAAAAUGAAUCUCUGAAUUAGAAUGAAGAGGCAGCCACAAAGUAGCAAGCCCAUAAAAAGAGUUAAUGUGGCCAGGCUAAAGAACACGAACAUAACCUCAACAUUGACUGAGGAUCUAGAAAGCAGGCUUUCCGACUUGCACCUUGUAGGCAGCGCUGCGGAUGACUGGCAACUUUUCCGGAAUGCUAUCCACUCAUCUGCACUGAAGAUUUUGGGACCCUCUUCGCGCAAGCAGCCCAACUGGUUUGAUGAGAAUGAUGGGGAGAUAUUGUCUCUACCUGCUGAAAAGCACCACCUUCAUCGUGCACAUCAGAAUGAUCCAUCAUCAGCUGCCAAGAAGAAUGCCUUUGAAAAUGCUCGCAGGACAGUCCAGAACAAACUGCGUAAAAUGCAGGUUGCUUGGUUAAGGGACCAGGCAGCUGAAAUUCAGGGGCAUGCAAAGGUCCACAGGCAGACGCUAUACCUGCAGAGGUCUAUAAAGCUGGCAGUCACGUACUCACAGAGAGGCUCACUGAGUUGUUCCAGUCUUUUUGGGAGCAAGGAUCCAUUCCUCAGGAACUCAAGGAUGCAUCCAUUGUACACCUCUAAGAGGAAGGGCAAUCAACAGGUAUGUGACAGUCAUCGGGGAAUUUCGCUGCUUUCCACUGCAGGUAAAAUCCUUGCAAGAGUGAUGUUAAAUCGUUUGGUCACUCAUCUGGAGUGUGGCCUCCUGCCGGAGUCACAAUGUGGCUUUCAUAAGGGCUGCGGGACUAUUGACAUGAUCUUUGCCAUGCGCCAACUUCAGGAGAAGUGUCAGGAGCAGAAUCGUGAACUUUACACAACCUUUGUUGACCUCACAAAAGCCUUCAACACUGUCAGCCGACAAGGUCUGUGGAGGAUCAUGUCAAAGUUUGGCUGCCCCACCAAAUUCAUUCAGAUGGUACGCCAGUUUCAUGAUGACGUGAUGGCCAGAGUGCUAGACAGUGGAGAAUCUUCUAAGGCAUUCCCAGUCACCAAUGGUGUCAAACAGAGCUGUGUACUCGCACCUACGCUGUUCAGCAUCAUGUUUACUGCUACGCUGAAUGAUGCCUUCCAGGACAGCGUUGCCGGAAUCAGCCUUAAGUACAGAGUGGACGGGAAUCUUUUCAACCUGAGGAGACUUCAGGCUAUCACCAAAGUGAAAGAGACUGUUCUGAGAGACUUCUUGUUUGCCAAUGAUUGCACCUUGUAUGCUGGCUCUGAAGCAGAGAUGCAAGUUAGUGUGGACAAGUUCUGCACAGCUUGUGACAACUUUGGACUCACCUUCAACAGCAGAAAGACCGAAGUCAUGUAUCAGCCUGUCCCUUAUGCACCGUACACAAAACCCACAAUCACAGUCACAGGGCGGAUGCUACAGGCAGUGGACCAGUUUACUUACCUCGGCAGCACUCUCCCAUGCAGCUAACAUUGACAUAGAAGUCACAUGCAGAAUAGCGAAGGCAAGUUCUGCUUUUGGUAGACUGUGCCCCACUGUAUGGGAACGUCGAGGAAUCAGCCAAGCAACAAAACUGAAGGUCUACAGAGCCGUGGUACUCACCACUCUCCUGUAUGCCU